AUUGUCUCAUGACUUGAUCAUUGUUACUCGUUUGGACAUACUGUAUUUAGAGAAGAUCGACGUACCUGCGAAGGCAUAAAAACAGCCCCAAUCUCGCAGUACUCAAAAGGUAGAAGGAGAAUGGACAAGAAAAUACUGUUAAUAUUCAUUUUUCAAGUCUAGCGAAUCUAACAGGUUCCUAUACAGAGCUUCCAACCAGAAAACACCCCAUACUCCUCUCCCAAGACAGCCUACUCCAACACCAUGUCUCACCCCUCAGGCGGCUACUUCACUUGCACGUACGAGUACCACGCGCCGUACACCGAUGCACAAGGUGUCUCUCAUGUCGACAAAUUACACAAGUCCCGAUUGUAUUCUAGGACAAAGAAAUACACCCAUGACGGCCUGCGGUGGUGGUAUAACGACACGUUCAGGCCUGCCGUGAAGCGACACGUCGAGGAGGUGUUCCUGAGGAAGAUCAACGACGGCAACACAAAGGGUCUCAAAUACUCCCCGUUCGACGAGAACAACCUACGCAUAGUGGGAAACCCUGAAUGGAGUGCGAACAAGCCGGAUGGGAGGGAGAUCUCGACUCUUUGAUUCCUCGGGUGAGGGUUUGGUUCCGAGGUGCGGCUUUGAUGAUUUAAACGACUUUAAAUGGGUGUGAUUGAUGAUUGACGUACUGAGCACUCGUGGAUGAUAUGCUGUUGCGACCGACAUCUCAGUGGGAUCGAGGUUCGCUCUAUGGUGGAUCAUUUCUUG